GCUCCUUCUGGCUCCUAGUCAUUGGCUUUACCUUAAACCCUCAAAACCACCCAGUGCAUAAAACUAGGGCGCAAUUUCUCCUCCUCCUCUCUCUCCCCCUGAUUUGAAUUUUCAGGUCUUUGCCGCACUCUACACAGAGCCCGGAAUGAACAAUCUGAAGCUUUACUCGGAGCUCUCUUCGAAGCUCGAGCUAGAGUCGAAGGAAGAAGACGAAUCCGUACUAUUAUCGGCCUUCGAUAUCGAGCAGAGCCGCUUGUUCUUUGCUUCUUCUGCCAACCGUAUUUACACCACUCAUCUCUCCUCAUUCCAUAAUGAAAGGGCGUGGAGCUUAUCUGCGGACGUGGAUUCCAUCGACUUGGAGCCCAAUGACUACAUCACCGCCUUGGAGUAUCUGAUGGAGAAAGAGGCGCUGGUAAUAGGGACUUUUGAUGGGCUUUUGUUGCUGCAUGGUGUGGAUGGAAAUGAAACCACCAUGGUUGGCAGAGUGGAGGGUGGGGUUAGGUGCAUCUCACCCAGUCCUGACGGGGAUGUGCUUGCUGUAAUAAGUCGUCUGGGGCAGAUAAUGGUUAUGACUCAUGAUUGGGAUUUGCUUUAUGAGACUGCACUGGAGGUUGUUCCUGAAGGUGUUGACGUACGUGAACCCACCUAUUCUAGAUAUGAGAGUCCCAUUUCUUGGCGAGGUGAUGGGAAGUACUUUGUGACACUGAGUGAAGUUUGUGAUUCUAUUACCUUGCUUAAGAGGAUUAAGGUAUGGGAACGAGAUUCAGGGGCAUUGCAUGCUACUUCAGAAUCAAAGGCAUUUAUGGGAUCAGUAAUUGAAUGGAUGCCAAGUGGAGCAAAAAUUGCGGCUGUUUGUGACAGGAAAACAGAUAAUGAGUGCCCAUCAAUAGUUUUCUUUGAGAGGAAUGGGUUAGAAAGAAGCUCAUUCAGCAUCAAUGAGCAAAUUGAUUCAACAAUAGACAUUCUGAGGUGGAAUUGCACAUCAGAUCUUCUUGCAGCUAUUGUCAGAUGUGAGAAACAUGAUGCUGUAAAGAUCUGGUUGUUCAGCAAUAAUCAUUGGUACUUAAAGCAUGAAAUUAGGUACUCUAAGAAGGAUGGAGUGAAGUUCAUGUGGGACCCGACAAAACCAAUGCAGUUGAUUUGUUGGACUCUUGGGGGGCAUAUCACACUUUACAACUUCGUCUGGAAUACGGCUGUCACAGAGAACUCAAUAUCAUUAGUUGUUGAUGAUUCCAAGAUUUUUGUGACUCCCCUUGCUUUGUCUCUUAUGCCACCUCCUAUGUAUCUAUUCAAUCUGAAAUUCCCGACUGCUGUCCGGGAGAUAUCUUUAUAUUCCAAGAAUACUAAGAACUGUUUGGCUGCUUUUCUAUCAGAUGGUUGUUUGUGUGUCGUAGAGCUCCCCACAGUUGAUACUUGGGAUGAACUUGAAGGCAAACAAUUUAUUGUUGAAGCCUCCAUAUCUGAAUCUGUGUUUGGAUCUAUUGUGCAUCUUAUAUGGUUGGAUUCGCAUAUACUGCUUGCUGUUUCCCGUUAUGGUUUUGAUCACUACUUGUCCAAAACUUCAUCAAAUGAGGAUGGGCUUCUUGGCUUUUAUUUGCAGGAAAUUGAGCUUUCAUGCUCUGAGGAUCAUGUCCCAGGUUUGCUGACAUGCUCAGGCUGGCAUGCAAAAAUUUCCCAUCAAAACUCUCUGGAAGGGCAGGUUAUCGGUAUUGCUCCCAACCCCACCAAAAGAUGUUCAGCUUAUAUUCAGUUUGAUGGAGGAAAAAUUUUUGAGUAUACGAGUAGGAUAGGAGCCCUGAAACAUAAUGAUUUGAGUUUCUUAUCAUCUUGCCCUUGGAUGAGUGUGGUUUCAGUUGUUGAUGGUGGAUCAUUGAAGCCUUUGCUUUUUGGACUCAAUGACAUUGGCAGGUUGAGUGUUGGUGGGAGGAUAUUGUGCAGCAACUGCAGCAGUUUUUCAUUGUACUCCAAUUUGGCUGAUCAAGUGAUCACGCAUUUAAUUCUUGCCACUAAACAGGAUUUGCUCUACAUAGUUGGCAUUAAUGAUAUCUUGCAUGGAAAAUUAGAAAUGUAUGAGGAUUUCAUCCACACCGGUAACAGGAGAAGAGAGGAAAUUAAAACGUUUAUAAAUAUAUGGGAAAGAAGUGCCAAAAUUGUUGGCGUCCUGCAUGGAGAUGAAGCUGCUAUCAUAUUACAAACAACUAGGGGAAAUAUGGAAUGUAUCUACCCUAGAAAAUUAGUCCUGGCCUCUAUCGUCAAUGCAUUGGUCCAAGAACGCUUCAGAGAUGCACUACUCAUGGUGAGGCGGCAUAGGAUAGAUUUCAAUGUCAUUGUUGAUCAUUGUGGUUGGCAAGCAUUCCUCCAAUCAGCUGCAGAGUUUGUUAGGCAGACUAACAAUUUGAGCCACAUAACUGAGUUUGUUUGUGCCAUAAACAAUGAGAAUGUCACAGAGGGACUGUACGGAGAUAUCAUAUCCUUACCUUGCUCAAAGGACAUCAAAGAUCUGAAAGCUAGAGACCCGAAAGGUCUUGAUGUCAAUAACAAGGGUUCUUCUGUUCUGCUGGCCAUAAGGAAGGCUCUUGAAGAACAACUACCAGAAAGCCCUGCAAGGGAGCUUUGUAUCUUGACUACUCUUGCUCGUAGUGAUCCCCCAUUGCUUGAAGAAGCUUUGGCGAGAAUAAAAGUUACUCGUGAAAUGGAAUUAUCAAGUUCGAAUGACCCUAAAAGAAGGUCUUACCCUUCUGCUGAAGAAGCUUUGAAGCAUCUCUUGUGGUUAUCUGAUUCCGAGGCUGUGUUUGAGGCUGCUUUAGGCCUUUAUGAUUUGAACCUUGCUGCUAUAGUAGCAUUGAACUCACAGCGAGAUCCAAAAGAAUUUCUUCCUUUCCUUCAAGAGUUGGAACACAUGCCAGUUCUCUUAAUGCGCUACAAUAUUGACCUUAGGCUGCGCAGGUAUGCGAAUGCUCUCAAACAUAUCGUUUCUGCAGGAGAUGCUCAUUAUGACGAUUUUAUGAACCUCAUGAAGAAAAAUCCUCAACUUUUUCCUUUGGGACUUCAACUUAUCAAUGAUCCUGCCAAGAGGAAGCAAGUCCUCGAGGCAUGGGGAGAUCAUCUUAGUGGGGAAAAAUGUUUCGAGGAUGCAGCUAUAACUUAUUUGUGCUGUUUCAGUUUGGAAAAGGCUUUAAAGUCAUAUCGUGCUUGUGGUAAUUGGAGUGGUGUGCUUACAGUGGCUGGGCUCCUUGAGAUGGGAAAAGAUGAGGUCAUGCAACUGGCUCGUGAGCUUUCUGAAGAACUUCAAGCUCUUGGUAAACCAGGGGAAGCUGCCAAAAUUGCUCUGGAGUAUUGUGGAGAUGUAAAUGAGGGCAUUAAUUUGUUAAUUAGUGCAAGAGACUGGGAGGAAGCUUUGAGGGUUGCAUUUUUGCACAGGAGAGAGGAUUUGAUCUUGGAAGUGAAGAAUGCAUCUUUGGAAUGUGCAAGCAUGCUGAUAGGAGAAUACGAGGAAAGUUUGGAAAAAGUAGGGAAGUAUCUGGCCCGCUACUUAGCUGUUCGACAGAGAAGAUUACUUCUUGCUGCAAAGCUGCAGACAGAGGAACGGUCAACGAGUGAUCUUGAUGAUGAUACUGCUUCAGAGGCUAGCAGUAAUUUCAGUGGAAUGAGUGCUUACACCACAAGGACCAGGAAGACCACCACGUCUUCCAUCAUCUCAAGUGCGGCAAGCAAGGCCAGAGACAUGAGACAACAGAGAAAGAGAGGAAAAAUCCGUCCUGGAAGCCCUGGUGAGGAGAUGGCUCUGGUGGAGCAUUUGAAAGGCAUGGCUCUAACAGCUGGAGCGAAGCAUGAACUCAAAUCUUUACUGGGAUCCCUUGUAAUGACCAGUGAGGAAACAACUGCAAGGAAGCUGCAACACACCGCAGAGAACUUUCAAAUAUCUCAAAUGGCAGCAGUUCAGCUAGCUGAAGAUGCUAUGCCGAGUGAUAACAUAAAUGAGCAAGCACAUACUUUGGAGCUCUACAUACAAAGAGUGAAAAGUGAAGCGCAAAAUUCAGAGGCCUUCUUUUGGCGGUCUAAAAUAUUCCUCUCUCCUUGAUAGGCUUGUUUAGUAAAAUUUAUCAAAUAACUCCUGGGUUCUGCCUGGACAUGUGUCCUAAUCUGAUUUCUAGUCCGACUCCCAACACAAAUCAGAGAAAAUCAAAGUGCGGUGUGAUCUUGUUCUUACAUUAGAAAUCGGUAGCAUCCCAUUGUAAACGUUUGAUUUGUUGAAUGAACAGUGAAAGUCCUCGUUUAUGGGCGGUUCA